CAAGGCAACACAAUCCUGGCGGGACGUCUGGGAACGUUACGUAGUUACGUAACAUGGCGGCACCCAAGGAGUCGCUGGCUUUGAUCCGCGCCGUUAUUCAAGAGCUUAGGAGAAACCUCCCGCAGGGACAGUUCUGCGCGCUGGAAGGGAGCCCCUGUGAUAGGGCACCGUGAGUCCUCCUGCCUCGUCCAGAGUCUUGAUGGACUUCAGGCUCGUUGGUGUAUUCGAGUCCACCUGCCCCUGUCGCGCCAACGACUGGAACCUCGAAUCCUGCCCCGAGCCCAGCUUCCGGUCCCUCGUCUCCAGCAUGCCUGGACCCAGCACGGGCCAAAGCCUGUCCGACCUCCUGAAGAUGACACAGGACUGCUCGGUGGCAUUGCAGCGUCUAGAGGACGUAGUUCCCGGCUUCCACUACACAACGCGGUCGACCCGCACCUUGGCCGGAAAGGAGCGACUCGCCAGGGCAGCAGUGUGCACGAACGGGGCAGGGGCUGCGGCGACCACGGAUGACGAGUGGAUCAGGAGCCGCGUGCAGAAGGAGCUGAGGCGCGGACGAGGUGACAAGAAUCGUGUGGUCGUGCGCAGUUCAGGCUACACUGUUACUUCCAAGGACCUGAACACUGUGCUCGGCACAAACUGGCUGAAUGAUGUCGUCAUUGACUUCUACAUGGGGCUUGUGGCCGAGCGUGCCAAAGAAGUUCCAGACGGUCUCCGCGUUCAUGCACUGACGACGCACUUCUUCAAUGUGCUGAAAAACCGGGGCUAUGACGCCGUACGCCGCUGGACGGACACGGUUGACUUGUUUGCUUUCAACCUCGUGCUCGUGCCCAUCCACGACCUCGACCACUGGUCACUCGCCGUUCUAAAUAUAACAAACCGGACGUUUGAAUUCUACGAUUCAAUGGGUCGUAGGAACUGGAACUGCUAUCAGGUGUUGAUGGCAUACCUGAGGAAAGAGCAUAAAGACAAACGGAAGUGUCCGCUCACUCCAGAAUUAAAAUGGGAAUGCCACUACAUAAAGAACCUUCCGCAGCAGACCAACUCUCACGACUGUGGUGUGUUUGUGUGCCUCUAUGCGGAGUGCCUCGCGAGAGGUGCGCCGUUCCAUUUUUCGGCCCGGGACAUUCAGCGGUUGCGAUAUAGAAUUGCCUUUGAGAUCUUGUCGGGGAAGUUGAUGGAUCAAUGACUUUCACUGCCACUUCCUAUGAAGACAAACUGGUGCGUUACCUGGGAGAGACACAUUGCCAAUUGCAACCUCCACACAUGUGCCUGUGUUGUUUACACAAACUUACCCGACUACCUGUGCUAGGAAGCCUGUUUACGCCUUGCCUGUGCAGACAAGACAUUGUCUUUGGUUUAUGCGGGCUGGUGAAUCCGGUUGAUUUUUGCAAUGUGAUAUGAAUGUUAAUAUGAAAGAUCUUCAGGCCACUGCCUUCUGCCAAUCCAAAGGCCAACAAAUUUCAUUUAUAAAAGCCUCUACAUUUACUUUUGCACAAUGUGGUUGUGCUCUACAUUUUUGUGAGGUUCUCGAUCAACCAUAACCUUUCAUGGUCGUGUUCACGGAAAGCUGUUUCUUGUGUGAAUGCUCCAUUUUCAUACUUCAGGUGUUUUAUACUCAUAAUUUCACUCAUUUAAUAAGCUGUUGCCAAGCUCUCAAAUUACAGCAGGCCUUCAAUGAACUAUACUCAAAGCAGGGAGUGACUGCUUGUUUCCUAAGAGAAGACCUGAUUGUAAAGCUCUAGGCCACUUGUAAAUGUAUUGACAGCAGGGCAGAAUUGAUUUUUGCACUCCUGACUCGCAUAGAGUCAUACUAAUGACCAACCCUGGUUGAUCAUUGUUGCUGCUGCGACAUUUAUUGCAAUCAUUGCAGCAGACUCUGACAAAAAGAAAGCUUCUUCUCGAACAAGUUUUUGUAUUGGGGUUGGUAUUGUGGCACGGUGCUUAAAGCAAUGUUAUUUCAGCAUUUUUUUAAAUUAUCGUGUUGAGUUUUGUAUGGGCGCAAGAAGUGUUGUACAUUAUAAUUUCCUGUCCUGGAGUUGGGUGCUCUAUCAUUCUUUUUUUUUUCUCCAUUGAAAGAAACCCAUUUUGGAAAUAAAUGUUCAUGUAUUUUUUUACUGUUAAUUAUUCUCGUUUUGAUGCUUAGUUGACUAGUUCUGUUGCAAAGCUAGUUCAAGUAGGCUGUGGUGCUUAGAUCAAAAAGGCGAAUCAGCAUGACAUACCUGCCAACUCUCCCGAAUUUUCCGGGACCCUCCCGAAUUUUUCUCGCAUCUCCCGAUUGUACGGAUGCGACCUCAAAUCUUCUGAAAAAUGGUCGCCACAGCACAGUGUUUUCUUUUUACGCCCUGUAGUAUAUAACCAUGCGAGAAAGCGGCGCGGGAGUAGUUAGUCACCAGUAUGCAUCUUGAAUCGUGGUAGCAGCCGCCGGUACCACCACGAAGGCGAGCAACCGACGGGCACUGCCAUAUUGGAUUUUCCGGAUUGGCUCGUCUCAGGCUGGGUCACGCGUUUUUAGCAAUCCAUUCGCUAUAUGACCGUGAGUGCGCUAGGCUUCAGUUGGCUUUGUCAGGCUGUCGAGUGAAGUGUGAAUUCUGAACUACUCUUUGUUUCCCCGAGUUUAGUUGGAACGAUCGAUGGCAUUUUCAAAAGCCAAGAGAAUAAGUACUUGCAAGUAUUUCUUAGAUCAUACACGACUUAGUUUUUCGGCUUUGUCACUUCGUGUAGUCGUGACAAGUAUGGACUAUGUACGACGUGCGCCGUUUCGCACUGUGGCAACAUUUUUUCCCUUUGCACGGCGGUCUCCCGAAUUUUCAUGUUGCUAGGUUGGCAGGUAUGGCAUUAGCUGAAGCGUUCAUUUUCAGUGUAGUUAGAUUCUUUGUGAGCAACAAGCUGCGCAAUAUUUUUGCUGGAACAGGCGUCAUGUUAUAGCUAUGGACUGCAAGAAAAGUGCAGAAAACAACAGACAUUCGGCCACUGAUGUGUUGCAUCUCUGCCUUUUUUUAGUGGGGAAAUCCACUAGUUGAUUUGGAUCGGUCAGUCUCACUCUAAUUCUCAAGCAAAUGCUCGGACUUAAAAAAUUCCGGAUCUGCCAGUGCGAACUGCUCCCUGCCGGAUUGUCAGGUGCAACAAGUAUUGUAAAGGUGUCCAAUUUUAAUGAGUAAGUUUUUACCAUUAUUGAGGGAUGGGGGCAAUUUCAGCUUAACUACCUGUCAGGAAACUACUUGCCAGCAUAACUACUGCAUAACUGGCAACUUUUAUGCUUCAUCGUAAAAGGCCUGAUUUUUAAAGCUUGUCUACAAUUGUCGUAUUGACACCAAUAAUUUUACUCUUUUGCCUUUAUGGCCAGUUUAGGGCAAAACUCAUUUUAAAAAGAUACAAGUACAGUCCAUCAGUUUUUCAGGGGCUAAUUAUUGUAUAUCCUCAGUCACUCUAGCCUACCAGUGGCAGAGCCAUUGUCUCAUAGAAUCAACACAUAACGGCAACUGAAAUUUCAGCCUGUGUUCUGUGAAUAUUUCAUGAAAGUGUUUAUGGGGGCAUUUUUUCGUUUGUGUGUGGCGCAGAUCAUUCUUUCUGUGACUAAAUAGCAGUGUGCCUGUUCACAGUGUCCCUGGAGAACAAAGCCUGUGAUGUUUUUU